AUGCCUCGGGACUUAUUAGCAGACAAGAAGACGCUGGAUGCCAUGCCCCAACUAUCAAGAGAACCUGAGACCGUCUCUAGUCCGGAACCCGUCGAGCAAUCUAGUCUGGUACCCCAUCGCAGCUCCAACAUUGCCCAGGAGGGGCGGUUGAAGCAGAUGGGAGUUCGUCCAUAUGCUUCUUUGCUGAACAUCGACGACCUUGACGACUGCGAUUGGCUUGAGCAUGCCGCCUUUGAUCCGGUUGAAGCCGCGUCGCGCGAGAAGCUCGAAUACCGUCUGCGAACCUGCGGUGAACUAUGUAGCGGCCUCUUCUCAUCCGCCUACCCCACCACAUCAGGGCCACUAGGCGAAACUAUUAAAUUGCAUUCGUUUCCGUCAUUAGACUCGACCGACACUGACCGGAAGCGUGUGAUAAUUGGCCACAUCAUCUCAACCAAAGCGAACUCACCUGUUGUUACUGAUGACGCUAUGGACUACCCCAAGGACUGGAAGACCAACUACCAGCUUACGCCAAAAGUAGGGCACAAUGAAGACGGCCAGACAGUGUGCCUGCACUCGCUAUGUGUGCAUCCCAACUUCGCGCGCAAAGGGCUCGGCUCGAUAUUACUGCAGAGCUACGUACAAAGAAUCAAAGACUCAGGUGUGGCAUCUAGGAUAGCGCUCAUCUGUAGGGACCGAUAUAUACAGUUCUACGAGAAGGCGGGGUUCAAGAAGAUUGGCCCGAGUAAAUGCCAGUAUGGUGGAGGAAACUGGGUAGACAUGGUCCUAGACUUUGAAGAUAGUGGAGAUGAUGGAUGGGAAUAUUGA